AUGGAAGCUCAGUCUGGCAACAUCACCUACCUCAUUCAGUUCAAGUCUCCCUCGGAAAAAAUACAUACCAUCAACGUCUCAAUCUCUAAAGGCCAGGACCCUGAAGACUUUGCAGUCGCCUUCUCCAAGGCCUACAAGCUACAUUUCAAGGGCUACAAGCGAGUACUGUAUCGAGGUAUUCUACUCCAGAAGCCGAUUGUCUCUCUUGUCAAGUUUUCCAAGAUCACCAACAUGCAUCCUAGUUUCACUGAUGAAGACAGGAUCUUUAUCCAGGAAGAAAUCGUUGAUCAUACAUUGACUGCUGCCCUGCACAAACCCGCAAUUUUGCGCGGCGUUGACCGAAGCAGCUUUUUUGAAGAGUACCGCCAUACUGUUGUCGCUACUGACGGUUCUCUUCCGAAUUAUGCUGUUCUUGUUCAAUUUGUUGAUGACCCUUCGGCUCUUAAAGUAGUGAGGAUCGUUGGCACGGCCAUCUCUGUUGGUUUUGGCAUAGGCGGAGCUUUUGGCUUGUCGCUGUGA